UUACAGUCUAUUACAACUGAAUGCAUAUAUUUUCCAGACAGUGAAGCUUCAAUAUGGGUGAGCCUUUCCCAGAAAUCAAGUCCAAGCACUCUCUUGUUGCCAAGUAUGUGACUGCUCCUCUUUGGGAAAAGCUGAGUGGAGUUGUCACCGCUACCUCCGGGUUCACCCUUGCCAAGGCUAUCGCCUGCGCUGUUGAGUUUGACAACCAGCAUUGUGGAAUCUAUGCCGGAGACUGGGACUCCUAUAAGGUUUUUGCUGAUGUCUUUGAUCCUCUAAUCCAAGAAUACCAUGGAAUCGCAGCAGAUUCAACCCACACAAGUGAUAUGGAUGCCACCAAGAUCAAGGGCACAAUUGACCCCACCGCCCCUGUUCACUCUACAAGAAUAAGGGUUGGAAGAAACAUUGAUGGAUUUGGACUUUCCCCCGGAAUCACCAAAGACCAAAGAGUUGGCGUUGAAAACUUGAUGAAGAAAGCAUUUGCCAAUCUGUCUGGUGAUCUUGCUGGAACCUACUAUCCUCUUACCGGGAUGGCUGAGGCUGUCAGACAACAACUUGUUGAUGAUCAUUUCCUCUUUGUGUCUGGAGAUCGUAAUCUGAAGGUUGCCGGUAUGGAGCGUGAUUGGCCCGAGGGCAGAGGAAUUUUCCACAACAAAGACAAAACCUUCCUUACCUGGGUCAAUGAGGAGGAUCAGCUUAGAAUCAUCUCUAUGCAGUCAGGUGGUGAUGUCAGAGCUGUGUUUGACCGUCUUGCAAGAGGAAUUAAAGCAGUUGGUGACAGUGUCAAACAGGAGUCUGGCAAGGACUUCAUGCUUGACCCUAAGUACGGGUUUAUCCAUGCCUGCCCCACCAACCUUGGAACAGGAAUGAGAGCAUCUGUGCACGUUGAUCUUCCUGGAUAUACCAAGGAGGGAGUCAAAAUCCUUCAGGAUAGAUGUGAAGAGCUCCAUCUUCAACCCAGAGGUACUAGAGGAGAGUCCGGUGGACAGACCGGUGUCACCUAUGACAUCUCCAACAAGCACAGGCUUGGUUACAGCGAGGUCCAAUUGGUACAGAAGAUGAUUGAUGGUGUCAACACACUUGUCAAGGAGGACAGAGAACUCCAGAAGAAGCAUGGUCUGUAAAGAUCCUCUGUUAAAUUAGAAAAGUUAGGAACUUGUCAAAGUAAUAUUGAGAAUGUGUAACAUAUUUAUUUGUCCAAUGGCUUGUUGAAUUUUUAAUUACAGUUUUCAAUUUUAUGAAUUGAUGCUGGUUUUUGAAACAGUCACAUUUAGUGUACAUAAACAAGCUGGCCAUCAAUGGGGUUUUGUAUGUACAAAGUGAUUGAAGAAUUCACAUCUGUUUCAAUUGCAAUCUUCUAAGAAACCACCUUCACUGUUUAAUAAAGUUGUUAUAUUUACUA